AGGAGGGGAGACAGGGGAGGGGGGAGAUGCUGCUCUUCUGCCCCACCUGUGGCAAUGUGCUGAUCGUGGAGGAGGGUCAGAAAUGCUAUCGUUUCGCCUGUAACACCUGUCCCUAUGUUCACAACAUCACCCGCAAGAUAACCAACAGAAAAUAUCCCAAACUAAAAGAAGUUGACGACGUGUUGGGUGGUGCUGCUGCUUGGGAAAAUGUUGACUCGACGCCAGAAAAAUGUCCUAAAUGUGAACAUCCUCGAGCAUACUUCAUGCAGAUACAAACCAGGUCUGCCGAUGAACCUAUGACUACAUUUUACAAGUGCUGCAAUCAAGAGUGUGGACAUCGAUGGAGGGAUUGAGUAAUAGAGUGAAUUCAAAUCAUAACAUUGCCAGCUCAUGAAGAAAAUAAUGAAACAGAGUGUACGCACGGUUCUACUCGUAGACAAUCUGUCGGAUUUGUAAAUAAACCUUACCUUUCACCCACA